UGGCUUGGUCGUGGCGGGCUGUUCUGGAGCGCGGGAGAUUUCAGAGUGGUGUCGUUGCGGGAUAUCGAUAGAGGAAUAUAGUGUCAUAUGGAGAAAAUGGAGCGAGAUCUGGAGCUGUAUGUUUUGUGUGAUCCACGGAAACCGCCUAUGAGAUUAAAUCGAUUGCCUUCCUGUCCUCGGGAUGCACCUUGUUUUUCUGCCCCUCUGCCAACAUCACUCCCUUCCCAGUUAUUGGUCUUUUGUAUGGGCGACUGGACUGGUUUAUCUGCUGAUGGCGAGAUAGAAGUAAUACUGGAAGGAGUGGCAAAAGAGCACAAAUUAGGAACACUAACAAUGGAGUCCAGAUGCUUUAUCUGGCAAAGAGAUCCUAAUGAUGGUACCUUUGGAGUGUCAGAGACAGGAGAACUGCAUAUCCGUAUGGUGAUUCAUGGGCAGACUAGAGUGAAACAGGAACGUGGGAAAAGAAAGAGAGCACAAGACGAACAGGAAAAUGUUUGCCCCAACAAUGGAGGUUUAAGAGAACUAGUCCCACCACAGAAAAGCAAGGGUGGGACAUUUAAAUUAAGUAACCCCGUGAAGGGAACUGGUGUAACUGCAGGGCCUACACCACGAUGGGGCCAUACCCUCUGUCCUGUUGACUCCAAAACUGUGAUCCUCAUUGGCGGGCAGGGUACACGUAUGCAUUUCUGUAAGGACUCUAUGUGGAAACUUAAUACAGCGGAUAGCAUGUGGUCUCCAGCAGAAGCUCUGACAGAUGGACCUUCUCCAGAGUCACGCACUGGUCACACUGCAGUGUUUGAUCCUGAGAGCCAAAGGAUCUAUGUUUUUGGAGGUUCAAAAAACAAGAAGUGGUUCAAUGAUGUCCAUAUUUUGGAUACAGAUUCUUGGAAAUGGAGCAGUGUGGAGGCUCGGGGAAAGGUUCCACCCCUCUCGUAUCAUAGCUGUUCUUUGUUUCGAGGAGAAAUGUUGUUUGGUGGUGUGUUUCCACGUCCUAACCCAGAACCUGAUGGUUGCAGUGACUCGCUCUACAUUUUUGAUCCACAACAUGAGAUCUGGUAUGAGCCCAUUGUCUUUGGGAAGAAACCACCUGCACGUUCGGGGCAUUCUGCUUGCCUGAUGCGCAGGGAACUCUAUAUUUUUGGUGGUUGGGAUACGCCGGUGUGCUACAAUGAUCUAUAUUUGCUGGAUUUGGGGCUCAUGGAGUUUUCUCCUGUUGAAGUUAAAGGGGGUUGUCCCUCACCUCGCUGCUGGCAUGCAGCAUCCCCCAUCUCAGAUACUCACUUUCUGAUUCAUGGUGGCUAUGACGGCAAUCAGGCUCUAAGUGAUACCCACAUAUUCAACACAGUCACCAAGGCUUGGACUUCAUUGAUUCACAAAUCCUUGCCUCGCUUGCCCCGUGCUGGGCAUUCCAUGCUACCUCUGCCAAGGGUAAAAGAAGAGAGAAGUGAGAAGGGAAUCACACAGGAUCUACUGAUAUUUGGAGGAGGAGAUAACGAGGGGCAGUUUUAUAGAGACACUGUAAGACUGUACCUUACAGACCACUUUAUACAGUAGAAAAAUGUGGGUUCUCUCAGACACCAUGGCCAUGACAUCUCAAAGUUUUCUUUAGAUGCCUGUACACAGUGACAAAUCCCAACCUAGGGCAGCAGGUCAGGGAGUACAGCAGUCCCCCUGGUACAAGAUUUGCCGUUGAUGCUGUGC